GAUCAAGAAUAAAAGAAGCGGUCUACCUCAACACACACACACAAGGCUUCGCCGCUCCUCCGCCUCGCUCAUCGCCAUGCCCUCCCCUUCCUGGCCGUCGCUCUCCUCCAGGCCUACCAGGCGCCCUUCCCCGGCAUCUAACCAUGGCGGCGGCCAUAACAACCUCGUCCCCAGCAUCACCAUCUGCCCCUCCUGCAAGAACUCCCCCUCCGCCGCCACCGUUGACCUCCUCAUCCUCGUCCUCGUCCUCUGCUCCUGCGCCUUCCUCAUCGCCUCCUCCCUCGCUCACCUCGCCCGCGCCGCCGCUCUCCUCCUCCCUGUCUCCCCCGUCCCCGCUCCCUUCCGCGACGCCCCCUACCCCUACCUCGCCGGUCUUCUCCUCUUCUUCCUCGCCGCCUCCCUCGCCGCUGCCCAACUUUCCUGCCGCCUCCCCUCCCUCCUCCCGUGGUCCCGCCGCCGCCGCUGCGGCAACCCUCGCUGCCGCGGCCUCAAGAAGGCCCUCGAGUUCGACGUCCAGCUUCAGACCGAGGAGUGUAUCCGAUCGCCUGACUCUUCGCAAUCCGCCGCCUGGAAGGAGAUCGACGAUCUUCCCUGGAAGGGCGGGCAGCAGGGGAAUAAUCCCGACUAUGAGUGCCUCCGGGUUGAGCUCAGGAGGAUGGCGCCGCCCAACGGUCGCGCCGUGUUGCUCUUCCGCGCCCGAUGCGGAUGCCCUGUGGCGAGGCUCGAGGCCUGGGGGCCCAAGCGGGGCCGCCGCCACAAGAGGGAUUUGAAUCUCAAAUCAUAUUGUCCGGCACGGGCGGUACAUAUCAGUCCGUCAAUUGAUCGGCACGUGGACCGCCCACUACCGGACAGUAUCAAUUGGUGGACAAGACAAAGAGCAUGAUGGUGAGGAAGACGAGGCUACGACGCUCGUUGGACAGAGAAGGCAUGACGGAGAAGAGAGUUGGACGUGGCGGGACACGAAGAAGCGCUCCGUCGAGCGGAACACGAUAGGGGGAGGGUCCUCGCUUCGUCGGGCAGAGCACUGUAGGGGGUGAGUCCUUGCUCCGUUGGGCGAAACACGGUAGGAGGCGGAGGGAUCUUGGCCGUUGUGGUCAAGGAGGUCGCGGUCGACUGCGAAGGAAGGGAUCCUGGCCGAGGUUGGACUGCUGCUUCCCCUUCUUGCUCUCAUCGUCAUCUUGGUCUUCUUCCUUACGGUCGCUAUUGGCGGUAGUGGCGGGGGAGUGAGAGAUGAGCUCGCCCUAGGUUGGAUCCUCACUAGAUUCGGCUGUUGCGGGAGCAUUGCGGAGUGCCUCGCGGGGGAUGAGUUCAAGUUGGGGACGGAGGCGACUCGUCGCAUCCUCACCCGCUUUGCCAUCACCCCCUUUCUGUCUCUCGAGAUGGAAAGGGGGUGAUGGUUUCUUCUUCUUUUAAGAAGAAACCAUCCUCACCCGCUCUGCUGGAUGGUUUCUUCUUCUUUUAAGAAGAAACUAUCCUCGCCCACAUGCAAGAUGGUUUCUUCUUAAAAGAAGCGUGUACCGCUCGGUGCACCCUAGUGUAUUACUCAGUAUGCUGUAUCGAACAAAGCUCGGUACAUCGAUACGGUACGAAAUUAAAAACCUCAGAUAGAACAAUUUGAAAUGCUAGAUAUAGCAUGUUUUUGUAUCAUUUUGAAAGAUCUUUUCUUGUUUGUAAUCCUAACACAACCCUUUUUUUUUUGUCUGGUGAAAUUUUGGAAAGCCAAGAUCCAUUCAAAACUUCAGGCUGCUUUUGACAGUGAUUCAUUGCAGGGGUAACACUAAAAACCUACUAUAGGUCAAGAAGAUUUGACCAAGUUCUUUUUCCAAGUUGUAUGUGGAAUAUGCAGGGAAGGAUUCUCAUCUUUAUUUGCAUUCUUUAAUUUCAUGGAAUUUUUGACAUAGGCGACGCUUUAGUUCGGUGUGGAAUUUUUUAUUUUGCAAAGGUAUGCGAUAAAGAUGAUAUUGGAUCACAAGAACUUGCUAUUGCUAUCAAUAGUUAAUAUCUUUAUCGGCUAGAUUAGUCAACACAAGUAGGGAGAAAAUUGGGGCAUAACUCCCACCGAAAUGCUUGGCUGUGGUGCAGGUAAGAAACUUUUUGACUAUGUUUGUAAUAAUGUGAGGUAAUCGGUGAAUACAUGAUUCUUAUUAUUAUUUUCAUCACAACGUAUUUAGUGAGUAGGAGUUGGCAGGCAUCCGCAUUCGAUGAUGGUUUUGUCUUUUCCGUUGUUGCCUUCUUCCCUUUUAUGCGCAGCUGUUCCUUGUGUUUCAACUUUUUAACAAGAAACAACUCGUUUGUCUUCGGCUUCUUCAAAACACCACUGUUUCUAUUUUGAUGCACUGAAUUGGCUAUCCUGGU